AUGUAUCUUUACUGCCACUUUUUUUUUUUUCUUCUACUUGUUCCACCGCAUCACCGCACACUACGCAGUACACAUCAUCAUCAUCAUCAUCAUCUGGUGUUGUUGUUGCUGCUCCUGCUGCUGCCACCACCACCACCACUAUAUCUUGAAACAUAUAUUUCCUUGCUGUUUCUUUUUUUUUUUUUCUUGGUUGUUAUAGUUUUUUGCAAUGUAAGUAUGGUCUCAUCUCAUGUCGUCUUAUCUCCAUUAUUAGAUAUGAGCCACUUUUUAUUACUAGCUGUCACCCGUAUCAACCGAUACACAUAG